GCUAUAUUGAGUGAUAGAGAAAAUAACUAGAAAGAGAAACAACAUAAAACAAUAAGAGAAAUUGAUUUGAUAGCUGUUCCAAUUGCGUGAUUGUGUUUUGGUGGUAGUCGUAGGCCAAAAACAUUUUCAAAUAUUAAAAAUUUCUUCGCACAAGAUCCGGUGAUGUGGGACAACCCCCGCAGCGGGAAAUGCAACAACCCCAACGUUACAUACCGUCUGUAUCUGAUCUAUAUGGAACGGACGAGAUAGAACUUCUACUGGACGAAAUACGUGAACUAGAGCCGGUCUGCUGUCAGCUGGACGAUGAACAGGAUUUUGAAAUAGCUGGCAGCAGAGCCGGAGAGCUAUCAUUAUCCUUGGAAUCGCCGCUGGGUACGUGCACGUCGUGGGAUUCUCACGCCAAUUAUAAGCAGCGUACCGCCCAAACGCCACUGCCAUGGGGUGUUGCCCUACACUGUGAUCCGCAACAUUUAAAAACGCCUACAGGGAUUGUGCGAAUACUUUUGGUGUUGUCCUCAGCCGCUUGUCUUGCCUGCGAAUGUUCGGCGGGUACUGUUCAAGUCGGUCUCUUUCUACUGCCACUCAUCGGACGCCUCAGAUUGAUGGUGUUUUGUGCAUUAUUCUCCCUUUUAAUCACAUGUCUCAUGAUAUUUCUUGACGUUUCCCAUAUAGCUCUAAUGUUUCCCUUCAAUUGGACAAAAGUUAAUACAUGGAUGUACCUGAGUAUUGGUUUAAUAUUGAUUUUGAGCUCUACACUUAUUAUGCACAUGGUCCUCUUUGCCGAAGAGUACACCUGGGUGCCAAAAUACACAAAGGACACCUUGUUUACAUCAGCGAUAAUUGGUUACAUUUGUGCUGUAGAAUCAUUUAUAUUGUCAGGUAUUGCCUCAUGGCCAUGGUCACAAUAUCGUCAUGUACCAGAUGACGGUAGCGACAUGUAUAUUGAGGAUCGUGAGAUGACGCCUAUGAGUCCAAUCGAUAGUACUGAUGUGCCGAAUAAUCACCAUCAAUUACCACAAUCGCGACCACAGAAUCACAAUAAUUGUAAUAAUAGCGUAACAACGCACAGUGAAACAAAUCAUCACAAUCAACAAAAUCGUACAAUAUCAUCACCAACGUCCUAUAAUAAUCAAAAGCCUUAUAUACCUGCCAAAAGACCCAAUGAAUUAAAUAAUCAAAGACCAACACUGGGUCAUACUCAAACAACCCGUAAACCGAAUCAACGUUAUCGUGAGGGUUAUCACUAUCAACCUGUUGCGUCUACGUCCCGCCAGAGUCCCACAUUCGUCUUAGGCGAUGAUAUUGGGGCCGGUCCAUCCACAUCCCGAUCCAAUGAUAAUUCUAGUGCGUGAUAGUUUUUAUUCCUCAUUACAUUAAUUAAUAUUUAAUAAAACAAAAAUACAUACAUUUUUAAAAAGACAAACAAAUUAAUUGCAUUGAACAAAUCUUUGGACAAAAAAAAUGAAAACAAAAACAACACAUUUUUUUAAAUCAUAAAAUAAUAAAACAAAAAAAUUAGUAAUGAUAUUAAGAAAUUGGAAAUUUAAUUGUAAUGAAAUUAGUUAAAAAUUAAAAAAAAACACAAAACAAUAAAAUUAAUUGGAAACUUAAAAAAUUUAAAUUGUAUUAAGAAUGAAAUGAAUAAAACAAUAAUACCGUUAAAUUUGUAUCUGUGUAAAAUUAAAUUAAAUCAAUAAUGAAACAUUAAAUGAAAUAAAACUGGAAAUUCAAGAAUUUAAAAUAAGAA